AAGUGACACCUCAGUCCGAAUAUUUCACUCUCUUCUCGCACCCACCACACCACCACCACCACCGCAAUCCAUUUCUUCUUCUUCUCCUUCUCCUUCUUCCUCUUUCUCUCUCUUUCUCUCUCCGCGCUCUUCCACAACCUCCACCUCCGUCGCACUCUCUCUCUCUCUCUAAAACCGACACUCGCCGAUAACAAAAUUCCGAAUUCGGAUCUCCAUUUCGGAGUCUCGGUCUCGGUCUCGGAGUCUGAUACUCUCCGCAUCGGAGUGUUUCGGAAGCUGCAUUAGUUCCGACAUUACAGUCUAAUAUGGACCGACGGGGUUGGCCGUGGAAGAAAAAGUCGUCGGACAAGGCGGCAGCGGAGAAAGCCGCCGCCGCAGCGGACUCUCUUGCCAGCCAGGCACAGACUGAGCAAGAGAAGUACAAAAAACCAAAUUAUGUGCAAAUUUCUGUGGAGCAAUAUUCGCAUCUGACCGGUUUGGAGGAGCAAGUGAAGAAUUACGAGGAUCAAGUGAAGAAUUAUGAGGAUCAAGUUCAGACAUUGGAGGACGAAAUUAAGGAUUUGAAUGAUAAGCUCACUGAGGCCGAUUCCGAGAUGACUACCAAAGAGAGCUUGGUUAAACAGCAUGCUAAAGUUGCCGAAGAAGCCGUCUCAGGUUGGGAAAAGGCUGAAGCGGAGGCUCUCGCAUUGAAAACUCAUCUAGAAUCUGUGACUCUUUUGAAGCUCACUGCUGAAGACCGGGCCGCACAUUUGGAUGGUGCUCUUAAAGAGUGCAUGCGACAGAUACGUAAUCUUAAGGAAGAACAUGAGCAGAAAAUACAAGACGUUGUUUUAACCAAAAACACACAAGUUGACAAAAUCAAGCAUGAGCUCGAAACGAAGAUAGCUAAUUUAGAUCAAGAACUCCUAAGGUCUGCUGCUGAAAAUGCCGCUAUUUCCAGGUCCUUACAAGAGCGUUCGAAUAUGCUAUUCAAGAUAAGUGAAGAGAAGUCACAAGCUGAGGCAGAAAUUGAGCAUUUUAAGAGCAACGUUGAGUCUUGUGAAAGGGAAAUACAUUCUCUGAAGUACGAACUCCAUCUAGCCGCCAAGGAGCUAGAAAUUCGGAAUGAGGAAAAGAACAUGAGUAUGAGGUCUGCCGAAGCAGCCAACAAGCAGCAUAUGGAAGGUGUUAAAAAAAUAACUAAGCUUGAAGCAGAGUGCCAAAGAUUACGUGGUCUUGUGCGGAAGAAGUUACCUGGUCCUGCUGCACUUGCACAAAUGAAGCUAGAGGUUGAAAGUUUAGGCCGAGAUUAUGGAGAAACUCGAUUAAGGAAGUCUCCUGUUAAGCUUUCUAGUCCACAAAUGUCCCCACACAUGUCCCCAGCAACUGAGUUUUCUCUUGAUAAUGUACAGAAGUUUCAAAAGGAGAAUGAAUUUCUCACAGAACGUUUAUUAGCAAUGGAAGAAGAAACAAAGAUGCUGAAAGAAGCUUUGGCAAAGCGUAACAGCGAUGUGCUGGAUUCAAGGAGUAUGUAUGCUCAGGCAGCCAGCAAGCUUCAAACAUUAGAAGCACAACUUCAAAUCAACAAUCUACAGAAAGGCUCGCCAAAAUCUGUUGUUCAGAUCACCCCUGGAGGUUCGUCAAGCCAGGACGCAAGCAAUCCACCAAGCUUGACCUCCUUGUCUGAAGAUAGUAAUGAUGACACCAGAAGCUAUGCUGAGUCUUGGGCCACAACAUUGGAGAAGAACAAUGCAAAGUCAAACAAAUCUGAAAGUCAAAACGACUUGAAUCUUAUGGAUGACUUUCUGGAGAUGGAGAAGUUGGCUUGUUUGCCAAAUGACUCGAAUGGAGCCAUCUCUAGUAAGACAUCCGAAAGAGAGAGUCAUGAUGCUAUGGGAGAUGUCACUGCCGCCAAAGAUGUCCAAUCUGAGCAGCAGCAUGAUUCAAGUCCCUUGGUAGGUGACCAAGCAUCUUCUAAUGCGGAAUUGUCAGGAUCCAGUCCUGAAUCUGAUGAAAGCCAGCUGCCACUGGUGAAACUCCGUUCGAAAAUCUGUAUGCUAUUGGAAUUCUUAUCUAAGGAAACCGAUUUUGGGAAAGUUGUUGAGGAUAUCAAACUUGUAGUCCAGGAAGCACAAGAUACUCUGCACCCGCACACUGUAAAGUGUGUUUCUGAGGAAGUUCACAGCUCUGAUGCCCUAUGUGACCGGCAGGCAAAUCCUGAUGAUUCUGGUUUAACCACAGAAAAGGAAAUCACUUUGUCCCAGCCAGCCACAGAGACCAUGAAAGUAAUAAGCGAAGAUCUGGCAUCUGCCAUUUCUUUGAUCCAUGACUUUGUGCUGUCCCUGGGCAAAGAAGUGAUGGAAGUGCAUGGCACGUUUCCGGAUGGCGAUGGAUUGACCCCAAAGAUUGAAGAAUUCUCUGGCACAUUUAGUAAAGUUAUUCAUGGAAACUUAAGUUUGGGUGAAUUUGUUCUUGGCCUUUCGCAUGUUUUAGCAAACGCCAGUGAACUCAAAUUCAACGUUCUAGGCUUCAAGGGUGUUGAAUCAGAAACUAACAGUCCUGAUUGCAUUGACAAGGUAGCAUUACCAGAGAAUAAGGUAGUUGAGAAGGAUUCAUCACAAAGAUUUCAAAAUGUUUGUGUCCACAUUCCUAAUCAUACGAACCCUGAAGUUCCUGACGAUGGAAAUCUUGUCUCUGGCUAUGAACCAAAUGCCGAGCCAUGCAAAAUCUCGCUGGAGGAGUUUGAACAACUGAAAUCAGAGAAAGAUAACCUGGCAACGGAUUUGGCAAGAUGUUCUGAAACUCUAGAGAUUACAAAGUCUCAAUUACAGGAAACUGAGCAGCUUCUUGCUGAAGCUAAAUCACAAUUUGCUUCUGCUAAGAACUCAAAUAGCUUAGCCGAGACGCAGCUGAAAUGUAUGGCAGAAUCAUACAGGUCACUUGAGUCACGAGCUCAGGAGUUAGAAACUGAACUGAAGCUUCUGCAAGUCAGAAACGAAACUCUGGAAAGCGAGCUACAAGAAGAGAAAAGGAACCAUCAAGAUGCUUUGGCCAGGUGCACGGAACUUCAAGAGCAGUUGAAAAGCAAUGAGCGUUUGGAAGCUGAGACUGAAUUCAAGACAAAACAGGACAGGGAGUUGGCAGAUGCAGCGGAGAAGCUUGCCGAGUGUCAAGAAACCAUAUUUCUUCUCGGCAAGCAGUUGAAAGCAUUGCACCCUCAAACAGAGGUCGUGGGAUCUCCAUACAGUGGGAGGAGUCAAAAGGGUGAAGGUUUCACCGAGGAUGAACCCACUACCAGUGCCAUGAACUUGCAAGACUCAGAAAAAGGUGAGACGGAAGGCGCUUCUUCUGUCAAUGUAAACAGAGUGGUGGGCAGCGAGUCUCCCAUCAACCUGCAUAACUCUCCAUGCCCAUCCGACACAGAGGCAGGCACUCUCUUAAAAUCACCAGUCAGUUCCAAAAGUCCGAAACACAAGUCUUCCAAGUCAACUCCCUCAUCUACGUCUUCUACCCCAACACCAGAGAAACAUCAGCGCGGCAUCAGCAGAUUCUUCUCCUCAAAAGGAAAGAACGGUUAUUAGGCUUGCAGCUCGAAAGCCUGAAUCGCAUUUUCUCGUUGGAAAGGCCGUUGAAAGGAACAAUUAGAACCAGCACCGAAGACAGAAACCUCCUUCAUUCGCGCUAUAAACGCCAUUUCCCGGGAAUUCCUGGGUGUGAAGGCGGAGGUAAUUUUGUAACUAAUGGCUGUAUAUGAUAUCAUCCCAUAUCUGUUUAUUUGUUUUUUUUUCUGUCUUUCGCACGCCGCGUCUGUAUUUUCGGGUUAAUCGGAACAAUGACAUAGUUUAUGAACUGUUUCAAAGUAUUUGAAUACAAAAUGUGUGUCACAGUUGUUAUAUGAUUUCUCAUUCGUUUUAGCAAAUGAACACCGGAUUGUGCC